UAACAAUCUUGCCAUGAAAAGAAAGAAAAAAAAAAAGAAAAAAAAUUCAUUUUUUACACAAAUAAUACAAAAAUACACACAAAUUUUGGAGGAGAACAAAAAAAGAGAGGUUUGGGCUAUCUUUAAACAAUCGAGUGUUGUGUCUUCGCGGUUAGUCUACUCUGGAAGUAGAAAAUGUCGAACUUGAUAAGCUCAACUUCAAGUUCAACAAAGAUGAUGUUAAUCGCGAGCAGAGACUACUGCUUCAUAAGCUCCACAAAAGCCUCUCUCAACCAUUUCCGUCGUCUAACGUGUGCCGCCUCUCCCUCUUCUGUUUAUCCUGCGCGGUUGGCGCCACACCCACCUGACCUGAUCAAAUGGGUCCAGAGAGAAGGGGGUUUCGUCCACCAGGCAGUGAAGAUAGCACAGAUUGAAGAACCCUACGGUCUUGGGUUGGUGGCGUCUGAUGAAAUCCCAAAAGGGUCUGACCUAAUUGCCCUUCCUCAUCACAUACCGUUGCGGUUUGAGUCUCUUGAAUCGGAUGGUGAAAGUGGUGCUUAUUCUGCUUUGGUUAACUUGGCUCGUCAAGUUCCUGAGGAGCUAUGGGCUAUGAGACUGGGUUUGAAGCUUCUGCAGGAAAGAGCAAAAAUGGGUUCCUUCUGGUGGCCAUACAUCAGCAAUCUCCCAGAAACUUACAGCAUUCCCAUUUUCUUUCCCGGGGAUGAUAUAAAGAACUUGCAGUACGCUCCUCUUCUUUAUCAGGUAAACAAGAGAUGUCGGUUUCUUAUUGAUUUUGAGAAAGAAGUCAAAUGUGCACUUGAAAAUCUGAAACCGGAUGAUCACCCUUUUGAAGGCCAAGAUGUAGAUGCUUCUUCGCUAGGAUGGGCUAUGUCAGCGGUUUCAUCUCGAGCCUUCCGCUUGUAUGGCAAAAAACUCCCUGAUGGAACACACAUUGAUGCCCCCAUGAUGCUUCCACUUGUUGAUAUGUGCAACCACAGCUUCAAUCCAAAUGCUAAAAUUGUUCAAGAACAAGAUGCAGGGAGCCCAAAGAUGCUAGUAAAGGUAGUGGCAGGGACACAAAUAAAAAAGGAUGAUCCUUUAGUACUUAACUAUGGCUGUUUGAAUAAUGAUCUUUUCCUUCUAGAUUAUGGAUUUGUGAUACCCUCAAAUCCCUAUGACUGUAUUGAACUCAAGUACGAUGGAGCUCUUCUGGAUGCUGCAAGCAUGGCUGCUGGAGUGUCAUCCCCUAACUUCUCUUCACCAGCUACAUGGCAGCAACAGAUUUUGUCGCAGCUAGAUUUAGAUGGAGAAGCUCCUCUUCUCAAGGUAAGCUUAGGAGGUCCUGAAUUAGUAGAGGGCCGAUUGUUGGCUGCUUUAAGAGUACUCCUUUCAAAUGACAUGGAAGAAGUACAGAAGCAUGAAUUGAUUACACUCAAAUCAUUAUCAGUUGAAGCCCCUCUUGGAAUAUCAAACGAAGUUACUGCUCUUCGCACAAUUAUUGCACUUUGUGUGAUUGCACUUGGACACUUCCCCACUAAAAUAAUGGAGGACGAAACCCUAUUAAAACAUGGUGUCUCUGGUUCAACUCAGUUGGCUAUACAGUUCAGAAUCCAAAAGAAGUCCAUGAUUGUAGAUGUGAUGAGAGAUCUCACAAGUAGGGUGAAGCUACUCCUGUCAAAGGAAACAACAACUGCUCAGGGUUAAGUUGCCCCUCAUCAUGACAGGAAUCAUUUAAUUGCGCUGGCUCAUUCUUGGAUGCCACAUUCUUCAUGACAUGUAUGUUUUUUACUGACACCAUUUUUCGUUUUUAUUCUUACUUGUCAAAUUUGAUCUUAAUGUUUUCACAUGCUUUUCUACUUCUUAGUAAUUUAUUUAGUCUCUUGGAAAUUUUGGCUGGUUGUCCUCGUUGGUGAGUACCCCUGUUCAACUGUGUUCCCCGUUUAUGCUUAUUUCACCAUUUGUAAAUUUUUUCAUUAGUUAUUCAACUAGAAUUUAAUGGAAGAUCUCUUGAACUCGUCUA